AUGAUAUGUUCAUUACUACCGCGUCCUCGUAAUGCGGCAUACGUUUCUCCCGAAACAAUCCUCGUUGCGAUCGAUAACUCUGCUUCUACUGCCAUGUCUAUGUCUACUCUGGCACAAGAUAAAAUCCUUACAGUUUCAUCAAGGACAGAAACAGAGCAUGGUACAUACGACUCGACGAUUCCAUUAAAGCAAAAGUUUCCUAAUUUGAUCCAUCACUUUCCUCGGCCUGCGCCUAAUGAAGAGGUUAUCGCAAGUACAAAGCUAGUUUUCGAAAAACUCCUAAAUGCUAAACUUGGUGUUGUUGAACAAGGUCAAAAAAAUAAGGACUCAAGGUUACCUUUGCACGAGGAUCCAAUGUUACCUCCAAGACAAAAGCUUGAAAAGAAUCGACCCGAAAGAAGAGAAACCUUGCCGGAACCAAUCCUUAAGCCAUUAUCGCAAAAUCUGAACAAACUAACCAAAGAAGAAAAAGAAAAGUGGAAUAUUCCAUCAGCAAUAUCCAACUGGAAGAAUAAUCUUGGUUUUACAAUUGGACUAGAAAAACGUAUGAUGGGGAAAAAAAGAGGUUAUGACGAAGAUGAGAUUAAUUUGGAGAAAUUCGGUGCAUUGAGCCAAGCAUUAAAUCAAGCAGAGGUUAAGGCAAGAGAAGAUAUCCAAAAGAGAAAUGAAAUAAGAUUUGAGCGGGAAAGGUUGGAACAAAGAGAAAGAGAGAAGAGAAUAAAUGAAAUCGCUUCAAGGAGUAAACGAAGACGUUACUAA